ACCCUGAGUGAUGUGCCACUACUAUCAAUUCAACUUAUAACAUCUUUUGCUUAACCAUUGAAUUGAUAACACAAUUUUUUUCCCAUUCCACUCUUCAAAACCUUACAUUCCUUCUUUCAUGGCCUUUAAAAUGCACCCCAUAUUCUCAAUGCUUUCACUGUAAGGAACCUUUGUCUCCUUAUUAUAAACCCAUCUCCUCCCUCCUCUCUCUAUCUUCAUCUCUCUCUCUCUCUCUCUUCAACUCUCUCUCUCUCUCUCUCGCUAUUGGAGAACAUAGAGAGAUGGGAAGCUAUGAUGACUUUCAGGUUAAGAUCAACAAGACUGUAAUUGUGAGACCCAGUCCUCUUCUUAGCGAAAAUGGUGUGUUGCCUCUCUCUAAUAUUGAUAGAAAGUGCCCCAUGUUCAUGUACUCAGUGCACUUUUAUGAGGCAAAGUUAAAUUUUGAUACCAAUUUUUUCAAUACAUUGAGAUCUUCUCUUGAAAUAACUUUACAUGUGUGGUACCCAGCAGCUGGUAGGCUCACUGUGAGCCCCAUUAAUGGAAAGCUUGAUCUCCUCUGUAACAAUGGAGGGGCUUUAAUGGUUGAAGCAAAAACAGAGGUGGAGAUAUCACAGCUUGGAGAAUUGACACAGUACAAGCCUUUCUAUGAAAAGCUUGUUCACAAGCCUGGUUUUAAUGGGGGUUUCUCUGAUAUGCCUCUUGUGGUUGUUCAGGUGACAUGGUUUAGAUGUGGUGGAUAUUCCAUAGGAGUAGGGGCAAGCCACUCUCUCUUUGAUGGAAAAGGCUUCUUCAAUUUCCUAAGAUCAUGGGCUCUGAGAGCAUCAUCAAAUGAAGUUUCAGAGCAAUUGAUGCCAGUUCAUGAAAGGGGAUAUCUCUUGAUUCACCAGGGUUCCAAACUUGGUAAAAAUGGGGUUUUUAGGGUUCCAGCUUUUGAUCACCUUCACCACCUCAUUGAAUUGGCAUCAGCAUGUGGUGAUAGUGAAAGAAAGACUGGAAGGUGCAGGUUCUCUGAGAUGGAUUUUAUAGCUAUGGAAGAUAACUAUGCUUUCAAAACCUUUAGGCUGAGCAAGGAGAUAGUAGAGAGCUUGAAAAGAAAAGUGAGCAAUAGAGGGCCUCUUUCUGGUUUCUCCACCUUUGAGGUGGUGGCAGCUCACCUGUGGAAGGUAAGAAGCAAAUCACUAGGCCUGAGGGGAGAAAAUAAGGUAUGCCUCCAAUUCUCAAUGGAUGCAAGGGCCAAAGUGGUUCCUCCUCUCUCUACUGAAUUUAGUGGCAAUGCAUAUGUCAUGGCCUCCAUUUUCACCACAGCCAAGGCCUUAGAGGAAGAACCCAUUUCAACAACAGCUUACAAGAUUAGAGAAGCCAAAGAAUCAAUCACUGAUGAGUAUAUUAGGGCAUAUUUGAUUGCACUUGAUGCUCCACAGAAAUCUCUACCUCCAUUGCCGGAGCUAACUAUUGUUUCAGACCUUAGAAACCUCCCUUUUCACUGUGCAGACUUUGGCCAUGGCCAUGCAGCUUCUGCUGCUCUCUUGCCAUCUCCUCUCCCCCAGUCUGCUUUUCUGAUGAGGGCUCCAAAUGAAGAGGGGGCGAUUGAUGUCAGCUUGGGUUUGCCCUUGCAGAUUGCAAAUGCUUUUAGCCAUUGCUUCCUACAUGUUUAGAGAGAGAGAGAGAGAGAGAGUUGUUUUCCUCGUUUUUGGGCUGUGAUGAAAUACCUUUGCGCCACAGUUCCAUAGGUUUUAGGGUUUCAAGUUGUAAUAAUUUCCUUUCUAAUCAAGUUUAUGUAUUUAUUAGUAUUAGAGUAGGUCACUUAAAGUUUCAAUGACAAACACAAUUAGCAUA